UAGUCCUUGCCACUGCCGAGGACAUGUUUUGGAUCCUGCGAAGGACGAGGCUUACGAGCGCGGCCGCGUUACUCAACAAUCUCAAUAACAACAACAGCGAAAGUCGUCCCGCCCGGAAAAACUAUAACAAGCUCACCGCCGAGGACGCCCCCCGCACCCACACUGACCACCUCGACAACGUCGAGCCCUGCAAGGAAGACGCGUGUUCGGGUCAUGAGGCGAAUAACGACACCGACACGGAUUCCAGUUUCACAGAUAUUGAAUUAGACGACAGGGAUGAGUUCUCCGACGACUCUGACUACGAUGAGGCUCUAACGUGCAACGUCUGCGAUCGAAGUUUCGCCUGUCCGAAGCAGUUAGCCUCUCACAAACAGAAGAAACGUCACUUCGGGUGCUCCGCUUGUGAUAGUCUCUUCCCCUCUCUCAUGGCCCUAGAACACCACAAGGAGGAGUUUGAACACUGGUCCGGUGACGAAGACGACAUCUGCACGGAGUCCGAAGACGACGACGAGACCGUCAUCAGCGAGGAAUGCGAACGAUUAUUGUAAAUGUCUAGAUCAUCUUCGAUGUAACCCCGAAGACCAAUUUUGUUGAUAUUGAUUUGUUUACUAGAAAAUCCAAUUGUAAAUAUUUAUUUUUGCAAAAAUGUGAUGAUGAGUGGCGAUCCUAAGCAUUGAUGUUAAACAUAUCUAAAUGUAUUGUAAUCAGACCCUUUGUACGACGAGUGUUUGUAGAUGAGAGAAAUUUUACCAUCUGUAACGAGGAACCAGAAAUUAUUUUUCAUUGAAUAAAAAUUGUGAAACGAU